AAGACUACGACCGAGAGAAAGUCACGAGUUACCUUUUUCCAGUAACCCGCAAUUACCAUUUGCAUCUCUCUCUAGAUUCAUUCAUUGCAGCAUUGCAUCGAAAAAGUUCACCAAUUCUCAUACACACAAAUUACGGUCCACAAAACAAUUCCGGCAAAAAUCAAAUUAGUCAAAGAGAUCCGAAACAUCUUCCACAAAUUCGACAUGCAAAACUUCUGCUAAUGCUUCUACUGAAGGUUUAUCUAACUGUAAUUUUAACAUAAGCUUAAACAUUCAAAAUUGGAUCUUCCACAAAUUUGAGGAGAGUGGACCCAAGAAAUUGCAGAAACCCAGAAAAAGUAUUAGAGGCAGAAAAGGGUCAAAAAUUGGAGGAGGUGAAGUCGUUGUCGGCAAUUUCCUAAGACAUGAGUCAGCAGGCUCAAUCCAUUGAUACAAGAGGGAAGCAUCGAGUUCUGGCUGAAUUAAAGCGGCUUGAACAAGAAACUAGAUUUGUGGAGCAGGAAGAGCUGGAGCAGCUUGAUAAGACCGAGAGUGUGUCAUCCGCUUGCAAAGAAUUGCUGGGUAAUGUAGAAGCCAAACCGGAUCCCCUUCUUUCAGAAACCAUUGGACCUGUAAAUCCAUCCUGGGAUCGCUGGUUUGAGGGACCUCAAGACUCGAAAGGUUGCAGAUGCUGGAUAUUCUGAUGUUUGCUGCUAUGAAGUGUUUGCAUGAGAUUCAUGCGCAUUAUUUCGGAAGAUUUCCUGUGAAAAUGCUCAUUGGUGUACAGAUGAUAUAUAUUCUCUUGCCUUGUCCCUGUAAUUUAAAAGCAUGUGUGAAAUGUAAUACAGGUAAAUGAAAUUUGUUCUUUAAGUCUUUUAUAAUCAAGUGUGACAUGAGAAGCUAAUCUUAUACAAAACGUCACAAUAUCAUGAAAACUCUUUUUGUGAAGGCAAUCUGGCAGGGCUUCUUUUACCCAUUCUGUUACUUCUCUUAUUGGAACAAAAACAAUUGGGUUCGCUUUA